AUGCAGCGCUCCCGGGCGGCCGCGGACGAGGCGGCUCUGCUCCUGGCCGGGCUGGCCCUGCGGGAGCUGCAGCCCGGCGGCGACUCUCCGGGCCGGGGGCGGCGGGUGCCACGGCCCGGGCCCGGAGAUGAGGCGGCGCCGGCGCUGGGCCGCCGAGGGAAGGGCGGCGGCGGCGUCGCUGAGGCCGGGGCGGACGGACUGAGCCGUGGGGAGCGCGGCCCACGGCGCGCGGCGGCCCCCGAGCUUAGCGCACAGCCGGCGGGCAGCCCGCGGGCCAGCCUGGCAGGCUCCGACGGCGGCGGCGGCGGCGGCGGCAGCGCCCGCUCCAGCGGCAUCAGCCUGGGCUACGACCAGCGCCACGGCAGCCCGCGCUCCGGCCGCUCGGACCCGCGCCCCGGUCCCGGGCCGCCGUCGGUGGGCAGCGCCCGCUCCAGCGUAUCUAGUCUCGGCUCCCGCGGUUCGGCCGGCGCCUACGCCGACCUCCUCCUGCCCGGCGCCGGCCCCGCGCCGGCUCGCUCCCCCGAGCCUGCCGGGCCGGCCCCCUUCCCUCUGCCUUCGCUCCAGCUGCCCCCCGGCCGAGAGGGCGGCCCGAGCGCGGCGGAGCGGCGGCUGGAAGCGCUGACCCGUGAGCUGGAGCGGGCGCUGGAGGCGCGCACGGCGCGGGACUACUUCGGCAUUUGCAUCAAGUGUGGGCUUGGCAUCUACGGAGCAAGGCAAGCGUGCCAGGCAAUGGGGAGCCUGUAUCACACUGAUUGCUUCACCUGUGACUCCUGUGGGAGACGACUGCGUGGGAAGGCGUUCUACAAUGUGGGCGAGAAGGUGUACUGCCAGGAGGACUUCCUGUACUCCGGGUUCCAGCAAACGGCUGACAAGUGUAGCGUGUGUGGACACCUCAUCAUGGAGAUGAUCCUCCAGGCCCUCGGGAAGUCCUACCACCCAGGCUGCUUCCGGUGCUCCGUGUGCAAUGAGUGCCUCGACGGGGUGCCCUUCACUGUGGACGUGGACAACAACAUCUACUGUGUCCGAGACUAUCACACGGUUUUUGCACCAAAAUGUGCCUCCUGUGCCCGUCCUAUCCUCCCUGCACAGGGCUGUGAGACAACCAUCCGUGUGGUAUCCAUGGACAGAGACUACCACGUGGAAUGUUAUCACUGUGAGGACUGCGGGCUGCAGCUGAGCGGGGAGGAUGGACGUCGCUGCUACCCGCUGGAGGGCCACCUGCUGUGCCGCCGCUGCCACCUGCGGCGCCUCCGGCCAGGCCCGCUCCCCUCCCCUGCCGUGCACGUCACCGAGCUCUGAGCGGGGGCGGGCGCCGGACCCUGGGGCCUUGUGUGCGUGUGUGUGAGUGUGAGUGCUGACGGCAUGGGUGACCCAGGUCAGGGUCCAAGUUUUGUGUCAGGGUGCCGCACUUCCGCCCCUCCCCCCAACUUCCCCCCACUUGCCACCGAGCUGCUGUCCGAGGGGCCGGCCCCGCGGCGAAGCUACUUCUAUUUAUUCACCGUCCGUGCCACCUCCAGCCUCUUCCCUUCCUGCCUGCCCGCCUCCCACCCGCCGCGUCACGGCUGUCUGUUCCGGACCCUCGCGCCCGGGGUGGGGUGGGGGUGGGGCAGGCUCAGACCGCCACGGGGUAUAGACUGAAGACGCCCCACUGUGUGCAGGGGUGCGGGGUAGACCCCGGGUAGAAGGACAGGAUGCGGGCUGGCCAGUGGCAACUGGCGGAGGGGCAUGCCUGUUUGUGUCUCUCAAGGGCCGUGGCUGCGCCUUGUUUGGUGUUACAGGAGGGCGUGAGGAAUGGCGCCCUUGGGGAGUGGGGCCUGCAAAGGAGCCCUGCUUUUGGCCAUUGUGGUCACUGCGGGACUUGGCCACCUGGAUUCCCACGGGUGUUUUCAGCCACCGUCCACCUCAGUCUCCCCGUCCCUAGCUCCUGGCUUGGAGACUGCCCCCACCGUUGGCCUCGGAAAAAGAACCUUCUCACUCAGAAUUCCAGCCACAGGUCUUGGUCAAGAGACAUUGAAGGAGGUGCCCUGCUCAUGCAGCGGGGAGAGCACCUACUGCAGGAAAGCACUGUGUAUCAGACUCCAUGACAAAUGCAUAUGAUUUGACUUAAAUUAAGUUUUUCCUUUGAGAAUAUUUUCAUUUUCUUUAAGAGAAUAUAGUUUUCUUCUAAAAACUUGGCCCACGGUUGUUAUUUCUUAGGAAAAUUAUGAGAAACUCACGGAUGUCCAUUUGUAUGUCAAAAACAUUGUAGUUUAACUAUUUUUGUAUAAAUGCCUUUAAAAUCUCAAAGCGUGUCUGCCUUUUAGACUUUAGAAUAGUGUGGGGUUUUGCUUGUGUCCUGUCUUACAAGUGGUGACCUAAUGAAAUGUGGUUUGAGGAAAUGGAGAUUUUUUUUUCUCUGAAAGACAUAUGGGGAUUAGGAAGCCUGGAUUUCUCACUGAUGGCUUAUGUUGGAGUUGCUCUUGUGGGUGGCCCCUGCAGGCAAGAGACCCCCUAAUAACAAUAAGCCGUCACAGUGCUGUUCAUGGAAUAUUUUGACUUUAGUCCAUCUGUUCCCGUGAGAACCUGAACAGCUUUCUCGUGGCUGCUGUUCUUGCCCUCCCUUCCUCUCACUGUUAGAUGUCGGGUCCCUUUGCUUGUCGGACCAUUCAUCUGGGAGAACCAGGUGGUAGGAACCAGACCAUUGUUGGGAGUGCCCUUUGGGACACAUAGAAGGAAAGUGGUAGCCAGUGGGGACCUGCUGGGCCAGAGGCCUGGAGCUGGGAGGCCCCCUGGUGGGCUGAGGAAGCAAGUACCCGGGGAAUUUGGUGAGUGUUUAAACGCAGAGGUGGUCCUGAGAACGGGAAAGUGUGUGUCUCUGGAGAAGGGGACUGCAUUGGGAUCAGGGUGGCUUCUUGGAGGAGGAGGUGAACCCAACAGAACAGGUGAGAGUAAAUUGCAGGAAAUGAA